UUUUUUGUUUAUCACUGUUUUAUUGACAUCAAUCAUUUACAAAUAAAUAUAUAUGGUACAUAUAUGUAUAUGCGAAUUCGCACCAAAAAAUAAAAUACAUGUAAAACAUGUGUAAAAAUAUUGAAAAGCCACUGCGUUAUCACAUCUUAUCUGCAGACUACUUGUAGUCACAUUGAAGUACGCUUAGAGUAGUUAGUUCUAAUAAAUAAAUACAAUAGACGCGCUAUUUAUUGGGCAAGUUACCAGACAGCUUUCGUCUAAUGCUAAGCCUUGGAGAGGAGUAGUGCUUUUUCACGCCUAAAUAAAUAUUUUUCAAUUAUUUUUUAUUGCGUCAAUUAAAUUUUUUUGAUUGCCGACAGUGACAAAAUGAGUGAAAAGAAAAUCGAAGCCAAAGUAGACAAUGGUCCACGUUUCGGCGUACGCCAUGUGCAGACUUUACUGCUCUUCCUAUCAACCACCGUUGCUUAUAUGGGCCGCUUGAAUGUCUCAGUCGCGGUGGUGGCUAUGACAAACGCAGCGAGCACAAAUCCCAACUUCCAGGAAUUCGACUGGACGGAGAAGCAGAAGUCCUAUAUAAUAUCUUGUUUCUAUUGGGGCUAUGUGAUCACACAAUUACCCGGUGGUUAUCUGAGUCGACGCUUCGGCACGAAAAUUGUGAUGGGUAUCAGUCUCUUUGGCUCGGCGCUAUGCAGUUUACUUACACCUUUUCUUGUGCCAUGGGGCAGCUGGAAAGUUUUCUGUGUCAUACGCAUCAUACAGGGUCUCUGUCAGGCGGCGAUAUUCCCAGCUAUACAUGAGCACAUUGCCAAGUGGUCGCCGCCAAAAGAACGCAAUGUGAUUGGUGCACUGGCCUAUGCGGGUGUCGAUUGCGGCACUGUGUUGGCGAUGCUUGUAAGCGGUCUGAUAGCCAGCAGUCCGAUCGGUUGGCCGGGCAUUUCGUAUAUUUCGGCCGGUAUUUGUUUUGCUUGGUGCUUGUUUUGGUGGAUUUUUGGGUCAAACGAUCCACCAUCAGCGCGUUUUAUAACGAAAGCUGAGUGCGAAUACAUCGAAACUUCGAUGAAACGUGAUGAAGAUUUUCAUAAGAACAAAAUACCCGUCCCAUGGUUGGCAAUGUUCACAUCGGUGCCAUUUUGGGCACUACUUUUAGUGCGCUGUAGCGAAAGUUGGGGCGUCAGCACCAUACAAUCGCAAAUUCCCUCCUACAUGAACGGUGUGUUGAAUAUGAAUAUCAGGAGCAAUGCAUUUUUCUCGGCACUACCUUACAUAGCGCGUUGGAUAAUGGGCUAUGUCUAUAUGUACUUCGGAAAUAUGUCUGUAGCAAAGGGCUGGUUAUCAUUAACCGCUAUGCGUAAGAUCGCCAAUACGAUCGCAUUAUGGUUGCCAGCACUUCUUAUGGUUGGCAUUGGUUUCCUCGAUGAUAGCAAUAAAGCUUUGGCAAUUAUUUUAAUGACCAUAGAUGUCGGCUUCAAUGGUGCUGCAACCGUCGGUUGUAUACUCAGCACGAUAGACUUGUCACCGAAUCACGCUGGUGUUGUAAUGGGCAUUACAAAUCCGGUGGCUAAUAUUAUACCACUGAUUACACCACUGGUUGUGGGUGUUGUAGUUACAGAUGUGCACGACCGCUCUGAAUGGCAAACAAUAUUUAUCAUUUCCGCGACGAUUUUCUUCUUCGGCAACUUGAUUUUCAUAAUUUUCGGUUCGGCAGAAGUCCAACCGUGGGAUGCACCGGACUUCUUGCGCAAGGAUAACGUAGAGGAGCCAGUAAAGGGCACUUUUAAUGAAAUUUUUGUUGCUGAUGAUGACAAAGCUAAGAUCGAUGGUUGGGCGGUAGUGGAGAAAACUGACGAUAGUCGAAAAAAAAACGUGCGGGAAACUAAGACUCAAUAAGUGAUAUUAUAUAGUUCCACAACUCUACGGGCUUAAAUUAAGUCUAGUUUACAGUUAGUGAAGUUAAAGCAAGCUUUUUAUUAAAAGCUGUACACUUUUUAAUUGCUUUCGUUAUAUAUUAUUAAGACAUAUACUAAAGCGUUAAAACAUUAAAAUAGGAUCUAGCCUAUAGGCGAGAGGCUUUAAUAAUAUUAAGACACUUUGUUGAUAUAUAUCGUAUAAUAAAUUUUUGAUGCCAACACUGUCGACAACUAA